AUGGGCCGCCGCCUGCAAUCUCCUCUCGACCGGCUGCACCCAGAUUUUGCAGUGGCAGAUCCCCCAGGCUGUGCUAACGUGCCGCGAUCUUUCAUCCCAGGGGAAAUGGUGUUCACCCAGAACUACGCUGUGGAGAUUCUCUGGGUGCGAGCUGUAGUUGUUGGGGUUACCGAGCCAAAGUCAUAUCAGGUGGCUUUGGAUUGCAGACAAAUAUGGUGUUGGAACAUUGACCAGCUGUGCCACCAGGCUGGAGAUUUGGUCACAGAGACAGUGCCUCCGAUGGCCCUGGCAGAGAUUGGCCAACCACCGAGUACUGCUGAGGAUCAACUAAGUGAGACUGGGGAAGACUCUCCAGCACACAGCCCAUCUGUCCCUGCACCCUUGCCGGAGUCUCCUGUACAACCACAGUCCGAAGCCGCCACCGCUGUAUCAGACACAGAAACCUCAGAGCCGAGCCAUCCAUCCACGUCGAGCCACCCACCUGUGUCUCCGACGGGCGUGUCCUCAGGUCUUGGCAGCCAGGCUGUUUCCCCAGAGGGACCUCACUGGUCUAACCGGAUCCGUACUUGCCCAGCCUUCCUAAGGAAUUAUGCGGUCUAA